AUGCCGCGCAGGACACAUAAGAAAUCUCGCAAUGGCUGUGCUGAAUGCAAACGCCGUCACGUCAAGUGUGAUGAGCGACGACCCGUCUGCUCCAAUUGCGUGGCUUCUGAACGGAGGUGCCAGUUCAUGGGGCCUGCGCGCCUUGCACAAACCUCACCAAGCAAUAGUCAGGAAUAUGCUUCUGCUUCGCCCGCCACCACCUCCUCUCCCGGACAGGAACCCAUUCAAGCUCCAAGUGGCUUCUCUGAGGAUGCUCCUGUCAAUAUGCUCCAUGUGGAACUGCUUCACAACCUAUUGGUGGAAACUGCCAGUUGGGUUAGCGCCACCCACCGGCCAUCUGAGAUGUCCUUCCCCAACAUGCUUCAGAUCGGUCUUGGAGCUCCCUACCUUAUGAAUAUGCUAUUGGCCAUCAGUGCUCUGAAUCUCAGCAUCACUAGGCCCGACCGUCAAGACUUCUAUCGGCAUCACGCUACCCGGCUGCAAAACUACGCGCUGAGCAAUUUCAACAGCCUGUCGCCAGAGUUUGACGAACAGAAUUGCAUUCCAAUUUUUCUGUUUGCUUCCACGCUAGGAAUGCACUUGCUGUGUGAUACCCUCGUCUUUCGUGAUGGCCUUUUCGAGGACUUUCUGGAUCGUUUUGUGCAGUACAUACGGCUUCACCAAGGGAUACGAACAGUCACAGCGGAGGGGCGAUGGAAUUUCCUACAGCAAACGGCACUUGGUCCGAUCUUGAGUCUCGGCGCGCAGAUUCCCCCCAUGGAUGUGGAGUUUGGGCCAGUGUGUAGAGAGCUAUUCGAGCGUAUCCAAGUUUCGGAAAGUGAUGAAGCCAGGAUCAAAGUGUACCAUCAAACUGUCCAGGCCUUGCAAACGGUGAUGACGGUAAUUGAUACAGGCUUGUCGUCAAAUGGAGGGCUGAAUGCUCUUAUUGCGUGGCCGGUGCUGAUUUCUCGUGAAUUUGUUGACUUGGUGUCAUCACGGCAAGGAGAAGCCCUUGUGAUUCUGGCAUAUUAUGGAGCUCUCAUUCAUGCACGUCGUGAUAAGUGGAUAUUUACCGAUGGAGGGCGGUUUUUGGUAGAGUCUGUUACCCAGUAUCUAGGGCCUUCCUGGCAUGAAUGGCUGGAGUGGCCGCGGAAAGUUUUAACUUAG